ACCUCAUUUUCAAGUUGCCAUUUUGACACGCACUUACCUGGGUAACUUACGUUUAAUUUUCUAUCAAACUUUGGUACAUGUUACUAUAGUUACCUCCUAAGGCACACAUUUCAGACUAGACCUUCACAAUGUCGUAUUCCAAGUGCUGCAUUAAAGGCUUUCAAUGGGACGGAACCCCGACCGGGACGGUCGGAAAGAUCGCCGACCUCGACACCUACAUCGCAGGCAACAACCCGGACGCUGCCGUGCUCAUCGUACACGACCUCUUCGGCUGGACGUUCCCCAACUUGCGCCUGCUAGCGGACCACUUCGCGCGCGAGAUUAACGCCACAGUUUACCUGCCCGACUUUUUCGGCGGCGAGGUCGUCGAGCCGACCCCCGCCGUCCUCUCCGGGGACUUCAGCGGGUUCGACUUCGCGGGGUUCAUAACGCGCAACGCGCGCGAGGUGCGCGAACCCGAGAUAUUCGCGGCGGCGCGGGCCCUGCGCCAGAAGCACGGCAAGGUCGGCGCGAUCGGAUACUGCUUCGGCGGGUGGGCGGUGUUCCGGCUCGGGGCCCGGGAGCACAGCCCGCCGCUCGUCGACUGCAUCUCGACGGGCCACCCGUCGCUGCUGACGAAGAAGGACAUCGAGGAGGUCGCCGUCCCCGUGCAGCUGCUCGCGCCCGAGCACGACCCCGUGUACACCGCGGAGCUGAAGAGCUUCACGUUCGAGACGGUGACCAAGCUGGGCGUCGAGUUCGACUACCGCCACUACCCGGGCGUCGCGCACGCCGCCCUGGUUCGCGGCAGCGAUAAGAAUCCCGGCGAGGCGUUGGCUAUGGCGAGGGCGAAGAACGAUGCUGUUAACUGGUUCAACCAGUUUUUGCACGAGCCGUAAUGGGGACCUCGGUGUUUGGAAAGGGUUAUCGAAACCAAGAUGCAGCUGACGAGCAACGGAGCCAGGUAGGCGAGAAAGAACACUUUUUGUUGGCACCAGAGGUAUCAUGGUCUGUGAUUGUGAUAUGUCAUGUUGUUUGUAUUCUACCAGUCAAAGAGACAAGCUUUAGAUACCAAGUUUCAAGCGUCAAUUAGAGGCUAUUCUAACCGUUAUCCCAUAUUCGAAGAGGAAAAGAAAUGACAUCUUAUGAAGCUUUGUGAAU